AUGGCGGCAAUCCGAGAUGGCGAGGCCCUGCAGGCGUUGGAGCUUCGCUGUCGGCAGCUGUGUGCUGCGGCUGCGCAACAUGAGGCCGCUCGCGAUUUUGUCAGAGCUCUGGCAGACAGCAAAGCAGCAGGAGGUGGUCCUGCCCGAACGCGUGACUUCAAUGCGAAGGAGAAUGUCAUCCCGCAUGCGCCCGUCAAGCCAAAGUCGACUUGGAAGGAGGUGCCAAAGUUUGCGGGGCGCGAGAAGCCGAUCCUCAUGGAGAGGGGUUUGAACGGAACAGACCUGCUCCUGGCACACCAGAGCUCGGCAGAACAGCUGCUGAGACGUGCAACUCCUUCUAACAUUCUGCACAUCCCUGUGGAUGAUCACAUUACAGCCUUGCAGGUCAAGAUUUCGCAGUUGAAGCAGGAGCUGGAUACGAUCUCUUCCCAGGACUCGGCGCUUUCGGAGCUGAUCGCACGUGAUGGGGCCGUUGCAAGGCAGCUGGAAGCUCUGGAAGAGGACCUCCGCAAGGAGUCCGGGCUGCUCAGCAACUUGGAGUCGCAGGGCUUCCUUGAGGGCAAUCAGGAGCGUUGUCAGCAGAUAGCUCUGCUAGCUCGACAUGAGGAGCUUACAUUGGCGAACACCAGGAACGAUCAGCUUCGUGCAUCUCUGGAGUCUGAGGAGGCGCGAUGUGCCCAGCUGACGGGACGCCUGCAGCUGAAAACUCAGAUGGCUUCUCAACUGAGACAGCGCCUCUCACGGAGACCCGAGGCAAUAUCAGAAGAACACGCAAAGCCUGGCUUUGAUGCCUCUGCCUGCGAGAGUGAGAUUGUCCAUCUCCUUGGGCAGUCACUGAAGUGCCUUGAUUCAGACGAUUCUGAGGAACCUCCCUUGGACCUGAAGGCAUUGUGUAGCAGGCUUCGCUUCUCUGCGGGCCGCUUCAGAGAAGAGGCUGCUGCCUGGUUGGGAGAAGUUCGGCAAGAGCUCCGUCUCCCUACCGAAUCCGUUGAGCGAAGUGCCCAGACAAUUGUGCUUACACUGGUGGAUGCAUUGAAGAGUCGCUCGCGGAGCCUUCAUGCUGCUCCGGACGGUGGUGAAGGGACCGAUGCAGGCAAGCCUGGGGCACAGGGGGCUCCAGGCACGAUGUUACAGCUGCCGAGGUGCCGCUUCCCGAGCAGCCAGCCUUCCUCCAGCCCUCUGUCUCCGCCGCCAACUCUCGACAUAGGUGGGCAAGAAAUGGACCAGGCAGUCUUGCUGCUUCGGCAGCAGGAGGAGGAGCUCACUGCGUGUCUGGACAAGCUGCGAGGACAUGAUGAGCUUCCGCCCCGGUCGUUGCGCAGCCCCAGUGCUGAGCCUGAUGCUGUGUAUCCAGAAAGCCUGGCUUCAUCACCCAACUUGGAGACCGGCGAUGGCCCCAUGCUGGGCCAGGCUUUUUCUCCAGGCCAAGGCGGACAGUGUGAUGUCUCAGAUGCAACAGAGAGCAAGAGGUCCCUGUGCAUGCCAAGCAUUGAUGCCCGGGCUGGCGAGCUGGAGCAUCUCUUGGCAUGCCGAGGACGGGGAAGCGAAGUCCAUGCCGACAGAGCUAUGAAGUCGACGGUCCGGAUGCCGGAGGACGUGCCGCUCCGCUCCCUUUGGAAGGAAGCACAGGCCGCACAGGUCCAAGCUGCACCUGCCCUGCAGGGUACGCCUGCUAAACUCACUGCGCUCACUGCGCCCGCUGAGUUCACGGAGCCUACCGUGCUCACUUCGCCUGCUGCGCCUGUUGCGCCUGUUCCACUGACAGCCCCUAGCGUACCUGCCCUGCACAGUGGAGGCGUGGUCAUGCCGCUAGAGACCAGAGACAUGAACUCCCCAGAGCGCCGCGCGCUCGCAGAGGAGGUUGCCCAAACCGUGAAGGGCCGUAUCGAAGCCCUCUGCCAGGGUAUGCUGCCCAAGCUGGUUGGCGAGGUUGUUGCAAGCUCCAAUGCAGUUCAAAGGCUGAGGGAGGAGCCGAGGCAGAAGUCACGGCCGCAGCACUGCAUGAAGCAGCUAGAGGAACAGCAGAGCCGUUUGGACUCGCUCUUGGAGGAAAUGCAAGCUACAAGCCUUCGGCAGCCACCCAUCCUUGGGACUCCUCCGUCCAAGCAUUCCCAGCAUAGCAAGCCGUCGCAUCCGGCCAGCCAAAGUGGCACUCCUGCAGAG